CAACACCACAAGUUUCAACGAUUUUUCAGAGAGGAUUGCAACUCAUUAUCUUCAUUGAUAUUUCUAUAUAUACACAUAACUCAUUCUUUCUAUCAUCAACCAACAACAAGCAAUCCAAUCACCUUAUAUUUUCAUACAUCUCUUCAAAAGAAUUCAAACUUUCAGAAAUGGCUUUGGUGAGAAGUUUAUUGGGUGCAAAGAAGAUUCUUGGCCGCUCUGUAACAUCAACAGCUUCUACAAGCAAAAGAGCAACCAUGGCGGCACCACCUAAAGGGUUUCUUGCGGUGUACGUAGGAGAGAGCCAGAAGAAGAGAUAUGUGGUGCCAAUCUCAUACUUGAGCCAACCUUCGUUUCAAGCUCUUCUCAGUAAAGCCGAAGAAGAGUUUGGGUUCGAUCAUCCAAUGGGUGGCUUAACGAUCCCUUGUCCUGAAGAUACUUUUAUCAAUGUUACUUCUCGGCUUCAUUGAUGAUUAUUCACCAUUUUGUUCUUAGAACUAGAGUUAGAUUUAUUCAUUGUAUAUAGAUGAAUCUUUACUCUUUCUUCUCGAAUGAGUUUUCCGGAAAGGUUAUAAAAUGAAUUCAGUUUUCAAGCAA